AUGGAUCUUUUUAGGGAGGAUCACUUGGAGGUAGAACUGAACGAAGAUGUGAAUUAUGCAUGUGCACUGAACAAUGAAUUAUAUUUUGGUACUACAGAUGGACGAGUAUUAAAAUAUCAUAUUGGUAAAGAAGGGAAAGAAGUAGGUGGCAUUGGCAUUGGUAGUGAAAGAGGGCGUGUCAGUAGUAAUGAGGUGAAUUUGGAAAUAAGAAAGGUGGAGGAGUACACAGUGAAGAAGAAUCAAAAAGUGGAAAAAAUAAUUUUGUUAGAGAAUGAAUCCUUAAUGAUAGUUCAAGUAAAUGAUGGAGUAUAUUGUUGUAAGAAUUAUUUACUGGAGAAUUUAAGUUUAAUAUGUAAAGAUGCUAAUAUAUGCACGAUGAAUGAGAAAAAUAAAUCUGAUUUAUUAGUGUACAGUAUGAAAAAAAAAAAAAUUUUAUUUUAUUAUUUAGAAAAUGGAAAAUAUAAAAUGGGAAAAGAAAUUGCAUUUGCAGAAUAUAUAACAUCAUUUUUAUGGAUAAAUGAUUCACUUUUUCUUACAAUUCAGAAGAACUACUAUCUAUAUCGAUUAAAUAAAAAUGAAAAAAUUCUUCUUUAUAGUCAUGAAUAUGAACAGACAUACAAACAUGUAACGCUGAUUAAUUUAAAUGAAAUUUUUAUUGUAUGUGAUUUGAAUAUUGGAGUUUUUUAUGAUGUUGAAACUUCUAUGCCAUCCAGAAAAAAUACCAUUACUCUUGUAGAUAAGGUUGUACACCUCCUUUCAUUUAGAUUCUUUUUGUGUUCUAUGAAUGCAAAGGCAGUUGUAAACAUUUACAAUGUUAAUAAUCAACAGCAUGUGCAAUCAAUAUCCAUGAAUGAUUACGUAGAUCUAAUAGUUAACUACAGUGAUGUCAGCAGUUCUUUUCUUUUGCCCAUUUUUCUUCUGGAUAAGGAAAGUGCAGAUAACGAGGGACAUUCUGCUGAUGAUUGUGCAAAGGGAGGAGAUUACACAAGUGGAGAUUGUCCUAAUGGAGGUUUCACACAGGAUACUUCGACAAAUGGAUACACUUCCCAGGGCAUAUUCUCUGAAACCAAUUUUUCUAAUCCAGUUCCACAUGGACGUGACGUGAAUGAGACAACAGAAAUUCUACAGCAUCCAGAGAUGAAAGUGUGGCAAUCCGAAUGGAUGGCAAAAAUGGAGGGUGCAAAAUAUAUGAACAAGUCAGGUGAAAAUCAUUUAUUAAAAAAUUACAUCUGUUUCUUCAACAAGAAAUGUGUAAAGCUUAUUAGAUGCCAGGAGCUAUUUGAAUAUCUACCGAAAUGCAUUCAACAAAACAAAAUAGAAAAAGGGUUCCUGCUGAUUGAAAAUUAUAUUUUUGAAAAUGAAGCAGAGAGAGACACCACACUUAAUGAUUAUAACAAAGCAUGUGCGUACCAUCUGUUUACGAAUGCCCAAUUUGCCUUAUCGUUCAUGCAUUUCGAAAGGGUUCCCGUAAACCUGCGAUUUCUUUUGACCUUUUGGGAAGAGUACCUUUUGCAUGAAGAGGAGGAGGAGGAGAAGAACAACAACAAGAAGAAGCAGGAUCGGAAGCAGAAUCUGAACCAGAAUCUGAACCAGAAUCAGGAUCAGAAGCAAAAUCAGAAGGAGGAGGAAAAAAACGAAGAAGAGUUAUACGUAAAGUCGCAUAGGAGUUCUCAGAAAAAAGAAUUCCCCCAAGAAGAGAACACAAAUGAAUCACAGGAAAUGAUAAGUAAAGCGUUUAGAUCAUUCUUGCCACCCAGAUGCAGUGUGAAAGAUCUGAUUGAGAUGAAGUACAGCUCAGAGUGGAGUGAUAAACGAACUUUACAGAAUAAGGAGAUAGGAAAGUAUGCAGCUGACAGUAUGUACUGUAUGAAAGAGAAGGAAAAAGAGAAAAAAAAACUUCAAUACAUUGCAAAUAAUUGUUUAAUUAAAUAUUUGCUUAUGAAAAGAAAUGAAUUUAUUCAUGAAGAAAACGGAAUGGUCAUGGGCUUAUAUGAAGAAUAUAAUCAAAUAACAGAAAUAGGGAAUGUAUUAUCAGAAGGUAGCGACACGAAUACGUACGAAAAUGGUGUAAAUAGAAUAAGAACGAUGAAAAAUAUCCUUGACAUUAUAGACAAUUUGUUAAUAAAAAUAAUGGUCAUAAAUCAGUGGCCAAAUUUUUUCCACUUUAUUUCUGAAACUAGGAAUUUACAUAUCAAUGUGGAUGAAUGUAUCAAAUUUUUAAAAAAACAUUUAAAAUUUGUAGAGACUAUGUUGAUAUAUAUACGAAUGAAGCGUUUUGAAAGGGCCAUCGAGAUGUGUUCUAUGUUUUUGCAUUUUUACAAUGCAAAGCUGAAUGAUCAGGUAGAAGAGACAAAUUCUCAGGAAAAUUUUUCCGAAAAGGACAGUGUAAAAAAAAUAACCAUUGAUGAAGAAAAUACAGAAAAGUGUACUCAUUUUUUAGAGUCAGAGAAAUUGAGGGUUGAAAAUAAAUGUUGGAUGGAAUUUUUCAAAAAACAGAAAUUUUCCAAAAAUGCUGAAAAAGGAACCCCUUUUCAUUCAUUGUUAAAAGAAAUAUACAACAUUUUAAUCGUCCUAAAUGGUAAUGUACAUAUGAUUAACAUAGAAAAAAGUGAAAUAAAAAAACUUUUUGAAAAUUCUUUUCCUUUCCUUAUUCAAUUUAAUGAAAAUGCAUUUUUCGAUUUUAUUAUAAAUAAAAAUUUUCUAUUAAAACCAGAGGAAAUUUUAGACAUUUUUAAAAAUAUGCAAAAGCAGAAAUUUCAUAUAAAUAUAAAAAAUUACAUGCAGAAAUAUGUCCUCAUUUAUUUGAAAUAUGACAAAUUUAAUAAAAAUGUUAAUACAACUUUAGUUCAGUUUUACCUGAACGACGUGGAAAAGCCUGAACAAGUCAGGCAAAAAAAAAUUUUACAAUUUUUGCGUGCUAGUUAUCCCCUAGAUAUUCCAUACCUGAUUCGGAUUAUUCCUCAUUCGCAAUUUACUCUUGUAAAAGCGUUGUUUUAUGGACGUAUGGACAAGCAUUAUGAAAGCUUAUCCAUUCUAGCACAACAAAACAUCAUCAUGUGUGAGAAGUAUUGUCUUUACCAUAACUUUCUACUGAAGGAAUCUGUAAAAAAAAUGAGUAAAGAAAAAUAUGAAGAACUGUUUCGAAGCUUAUACAAGAACGACAAGGAUACCUAUGAGGAACUAUUUAAACAGAUGCGUAAGUAUGUAGAUCUAGAUGAACCUAAUGUCCAUUUCACAUCUGACGUGCUUCUAAAAGGAGAAAAGGGAGAAGUCGAAGAUGGAAAUAAGGAACGGCUCCGCCAAAUCAGAGAAGUUGGCCAAGCUAGCCAAAUGAGGAAAAAGGAAAGAAUGAGCAUGGAGAAAAAAAAGAAAAAACUUAACGAUGCAUUUAUUGAUGGAAUAUUGAAAGAAUAUCAUAAAUAUGCAUAUGCAACUAUGCACAAAAGUAUAUUAACAAAAAUGGGAGAUGAAAAAAAAUCACCAAUAAAUAGUGAAUCGAAUAACCAGAAUGAAGAACGAAUUCGAAAAGAGAAAGAAUUUGAUUUUAUGUUAGAUCUAAUUGAACAUGAAAAGGAAGAUUCAAGUUCUGAUAAUUUAACUGACAUGUAUUACAACGGUUCUGAGAAUUCCUGUAAUGAUGCCAGCACAUCUGAUAAUUCCAUCAGUUCUUUUGGAAAAAUGACUACAGAUUCUGAUAUUGUAUUUACAUCUAGCAGUGAUAAUGAGGACGAUGUAACGAAUGUGAAAAUAAAAUCUAAGAUGUUGAGAAAGCAGGAUCGGAUUCAAAAGAAGAAGAAUAAAAAUAAGACAAUGAUGAUGACUCACAAAAAGGAAGGCCCUUCCUCCAAAAAAAAUUGUCUUAACAAGAAAAAACAAUUUAAGAAUGAUGAUAUUAAAAAGGAAGAAAUAGAACAAGCUCUAAGCAACAAACACAGAAAUAUAAAUGUGGACAUUUUGAACUACUUUGAUGUUUAUAGAAGUUUCAAAAGUAGAUCUUGCGGAUUUUUUUUCCUACUUAUUAUCGUACUUAUGGAUAAGCAUAAUGAAUCAGAGAAUGAUCAGGAGACGAAGGAAAUGUACCAACAAUGCAUGAUGUAUAUACUAAACAAAUAUGCAAAUCAUACAGACUUUGAAAAUAUUCACAUACUUAACAUCAUUCCAAAGGAGUGGAAACUUACAGACAUACUCAUCCAUUUUGUCAGUUUCAAUUUGAAGAAGAAGAUUAAUCUGUACAUGAAUUUACAGAUUUAUCACAACUUGUUAAAGUCUAAUUUUUUGAAUCGGUCAUAUGAGCUUAUUAAGGGGAAGGAGAACCGAAUCCUCAUCAGGGAUAAGAUUGUGUAUAUUUCUCGAUCCCUACACUUGUCUCUGUUCUAUGAACCACAAUAUGAUGUCGAUUACCCUUAUCCCCAUACAUUUAUGUAUAUCCUUUUUUACCCAAUUUUUUCUUUCGCACCUCUUUCCAGAAUUUGUAAAGUUUGUAAUGGAUCAAUUGUUGAGAAACGGUUUGCUUAUUUUUCAGAAAAAGUUGUAACACAUAUGCAAUGCUUAGAGCAGUAUGAUGAGGAGAUACAUAAAUGA